AUUCAUAUUACACUCAAUUUGAGUAAUCUGAAGUUGGAAAUCAUGAUCGCAGUUGAAUUGGUGGAGCUUCGACAUCAUCUUUUCCAUAUUCAUCAUGACAAUGACGAGGCAAACUCGGAUCAGCAAUUCGAAUCGAUGUUUCCCAUGUCCAAUUUCGACACUCCUUCCCGGCUGAAACCGAAUGUCCAAUCCAGAAAUGGCGAAUGCAGAUUUUGCAAAUUCUGCUCGAUCGACAGGACAAUGCAUGCCAUGCUGGUUGGACAUGAUCAUAAACUUGUCAAUAUUUACGUCACGCAGAUUGCGUUUGAAGGACGCUAGAAAGCCUGGCUACUCAAUUACAACCCUGAGUAGUCUAAUCCCUCAGCAGAUCUGGUCAAGAUCCCAUCCACCCGAAGAUACAUUACAUCGAGACAUUGGCUCAUACAAAGAGAAGCUGUGGUUUCGAGGUCUUACCCCCACCAGUCCCUCCAUCCGUCCUUCAACCCCGCCUAGGCUACAAGGUUCCAGAACUCCAUGAAGCUCACCCCAAUCUCCAGC